AUGGAACCUGACAAUGAUUGUGGUUGGAAGCCAAAAGUAGGAAUGACCUUUGAUUCAGAAGAAAGUGCGCACGAUUUUUAUAAUGCAUAUGGAGGAAGAAUGGGAUUUAACAUAAGAAGGGAAUAUUGUAAGAAGAACAAGUUAACAAAAAAAAUUAUUUCUAGAAAUUUGGUAUGCAACAAAGAGGGAUUUCGGAAGGUUGACAAGCGAGACCCAUUGACAAAAACCCCUAGAGCUGAAACUAGGACUGGUUGUGAGGCCCGACUUUUUGUUAAAUUGGAUGUCAAUAGUGGGAAAUUUGCUGUGAUUGAUUUCAAAGAAAACCACAACCAUGAACUUGUAUCUCUUGAUUGUGCCCAUAUGUUGCCAUCGCAAAGAAAGAUAUCAGAUACCCAAGCAAUUGAGUUAGACUUAGCCUCAGAGUCUGGUCUACGUUUAGGGCAAUCUUUUGAAUUGAUGGGUAGGGAAGCUGGAGGGAGGCAGUCUCUUGUUACAUUUGAUACUACCUACAAGUUAAAUAAAGAGCAUAGGCCAUUUGCAUCUUUUGUGGGAUUUAAUCAUCAUAGAGAAACAGUUGUUUUUGGUGCUACGUUGUUAUAUGAUGAGACUGCCGAAACAUUUGUAUGGUUAUUUCAAACUUUUUUAGAGGCUAUGUCCAAAAAGGCACCAAAAACUUUGUUUACCGAUCAAGAUGCUGCAAUGGCUAAGGCCAUACCCAUUGUCAUGCCUGACACGAGUCACCGUUUGUGCACUUGGCAUUUGAUGCAAAAUGCAUUAAGGCAUGGUAAUUGUCUCUUUCAAGAUAAGGGGGUGAAAGGUGUAUUAAAUAGAUUCAUGUUUGAUAUUGAGGAUGAAAAUGAAUGGGAAAUGAAGUGGGGGGAAAUGCUUGAUACAUAUGAUGCUCAUGACAAUCAUUGGUUGAAGUUGAUUUUUGGGGUGAAGGAAAAAUGGGGUUGGCCAUAUGUUAGAUCAACAUGGGCUGCGAGAAUGAGUACAACACAACUUAGUGAAUCUUUUAAUGCGUUUUUGAAGGAAUACAUUCGUUCUGAUUUUAAUUUAAAUGAAUUCUUCAUGCAUUUUGAAAGGGUACUUUGUGAGAAACGGUACAAGGAGUUAGAAGCUGGAUAUGCUUUAUGCCAAAGGUUGCCAAGGAUGAGAGCGCCAUUCUUAAUGUUAAGUCAAAUGGGUAAUGUGUACACUAAAAAUAUUUUUGAGGAGUUUCAAGAUGAGUAUUUUCUUUCUGUUGAAUUAGACAUACAAGCAAUUGAAUACAUUGAUGGUUGUAGCCUAUAUACAGUUGUUGAUGCUAUUGGGAAAAAUGCAAGGAAAGUGAAAAUGGAGAUGGAUGGCUCUUUGACUUGUAGUUGUUCAAAGUUUGAAAGGAAAGGGAUUUUGUGCAGUCACUGUUUGAAGGUUAUGAGAGAAAUAUUGAAGUUGAAAGAGAUUCCUUCGCAAUACAUUAUGAAGAGGUGGACCAAACAAACAAGAGGAGAAGCUGUGACGGACAAGUUAGGGAAUGAGAUUCAAGUAGAUGUCAAAUUCAAACAAGCCUCAUGGUAUAAGACAUUGAUGACCGCAUUUAGAUCAAUAGCAUGUAGAGCUGCUGAAACUGAGGAAAGUUAUGAUUUUUGUUGUUCACAAGUAGCUGCAUUAGGUGCACAUGUUGAAAGCAAGAUAAGUGCACAUUUUUGUCCCCAAAAAGAAGUAAGUAUUAAUGAUCAACCUCAAACCUGUGAGCAAGAAGACAACAAUCAUGAAGACAACAAUCAUGUUGUGCAAAUUCCAAUAGGAAUGAAGAAAAAGCAUCCAACUAGUAAGGGCAAAAGAAGGAUAAAAGGUCCAUGUGAGCUGGCAUUGCAAGCAAGCUUUAAAAAGAAGUCCUGUGCACAAUUUUUGAGUUCUUCAAGACUUGUUGCUGCUCCAACAGUGAGACCUUCACCAUUAUCUAUUGGAGGAGAUGUAAGUAUUCAUGAAAAUGUUACUCCUCUUCAUCCUUCUCUUGCUCCCCCUCCUCCUCCUCAUUCUGUUGCCAUGGGUGGUACAAUUCCUCCUCAAUUAAUAUAUCCCACAUAUAAUGCAAACAAUUUGGCAUAUUGUGGACAACCAACAUUUAUGACACUAUUUCAAGGUGGGUAUGACAUUGGGUUUGAAGAUUCUCAAGGCUCACAGACAGGUUCUCGGCCAACAAAUAAUUUGUUGCUCCAUACUGAGGUACUUUUGCUGCUGAUUUGGGUUUGGAUGGCCAUGAAGAGGUGGAAGGCACUUCAAAUUUCAUGCAUAGGAGAUGCCUCUGAGCUGCUGUAUUUAACAUUGAUGUUGAUGUUGAAGUUGAAGUAUUUAAUUGUGAAACUUGUUGAAUGGUGA